UGCCGACGGACGUGCAAGAACAAAACGCAAUGAAAUGAGUAUAAAUCAAAACCACACAAAACAAUAAUUCCACAUAUAGUAACUGACUGGGUGGCUGUCGGAGGGGAGCAAUGCAGCCCGAUAUGAUGACCAUAUGGAAAGUACAACAAAAAAGAUGGGCACCACUUCCAGUAAUCGUCAUUUGCGCGCGCGAUAUGUUGUGGUGCUGCUAAAUAUGCGGGCUUGGCUUAAGCUUCCAAUUUCGAUUUGGUGGUGGUGACCUACCAAAAGCAAUAACAAAAAAAAAACACUACACUUGCUAGCUCGCUCGCUGAACGCAACAGCCUAAUGGCCCCCCAAACAGCAGAUAUGGGGCUCCAUCAAAUAGAAUGUUUACUCAACAUUCACAUUUACUCCCAUUUAUAUUGGCACGCAAGAAUGUACGCAACGUAUCUUUUUAAGGCUCCCUCUCUCUCUCUCGUAUUCUCUCCCAACACUUAAGUGGCUCUCGUUAAUUCUCCACACACUCGCAGCGCACAAGUGGUGGAGAAAUGUUGUUCAGUUCAAAACAAACCUAACAAGUGGAAGCAACCAAAAAAAAAAGAAAUGCGAAUGCGAAUCUGAGAUAAUUAGAACAACAGAAAAGCUGCAGAUAAAAACAUACAAACACCUAGAAUAAGGUGAGAGUGAUUUAGUUGACAUAUAUGAGAAUAAGUGUGCAAAUUAAAGUGAAAAGAAUUAAAUCUGAAUGCUGUCCUACACAUAAGCCAAACCAAUAAAUGUCAAUAAUCAAAUUGUGCACAUUUCAUUAUGUGAAACGGUCAAGCAAAACGUGAUGUGUCACAACAUAAUACAACUGGAGAUACUGUUAUAUUCGUGAAGUUCGUUUUCUUUCUUUUUCAAUCAGUCGGUCGGUCGUUCGUUCGUUUGUUCAUUGCUUAUUGCUCUGUUUUCUUUAACCAACCCUUUACGCCUUUUCUAUUUCAAUCCAAACUUUGAUAAUCAGAAGUCGCGAAUAGCCGUGUCUGCAACCAUGUCUGCCCCUUUGGCAUACGAUGGCACAUAUUUGAAAUCCAUUUCCGGCAUUUUGAAAAUCUGUUGCAUGGUAUGCUGCUUUCUUGGAUUCCUGUGCAUUGUCUGCAGUUCGGUGCAGUUGCGCAAUUUUCGGGGGAGUUUCUACUGUGCAAUUGCCAUGCUUGCUUUUGUUUGCAGUGGUUGUAUGAUGUUGGCUCGCCUCUUCCAAGUAUGGCAACGUAAAUUCUUAACAUUCAAUGCCAUCAAAUAUGAACUUAUCAUGCAUGUACUCCUCGCCUGCCUUUGUUUCAUUGCGGGCUGUGUGAGUAUAUCAUUGGACGUGAUAGCCUAUACAAUAGCAACGUUCUUCAUAUUCCUCGCUUUCAGUUUCUACACAUUCGAUGCUUAUUUGUGUUAUCGCAUUUAUCGGCAGUGCGAUGCACAAACUCAAACCCAAACUCAACCGCAGAUUGCUUAGCUGUAAUCGCAUUUAAACUUUUAAAUAAUUUUAUACGAAUUGUAAUUACAAAAAAAAAAAAAAAAAACAAAAAACUGAGAAACAAACAUACAUUCUUAUGUAUAAUAAUAUGUAGGUUACUAUUUAUAUAAAAAAAAUAAUGUUGUUGAUUAUUUUAUUGUAUCCUAUCCUAGAUGGACAUACAUACAUACGAUGAUUACGUACAUAUGCCUUCAAAUGUAUGACAUUAUGUUGAAUUGUGAUUAUUUUAUAAAUGAAUUAUGAAGCAUAGUUCUAAGUCAAAUGUUAAUAAAAAAAAUGCACAUUAAUUUUAUA